AUGGCUGCCAACAACGACAGGAACGGUGAAAUCUCGAGUAGGUCUGUUGGACCGUCUUCUCCUUUCUAUUUGCAUCCAUCAAAUAAUCCUGGAGUUAUUAUCAGUUCGAUGGUCUUGAGAGGAGAUAACUACGAUGAAUGGGCAAAGGCUCAUGCUGCUCAGUCAUCAGCAGGGCAUGAGGUGGCUUCUAAUGCAGUUGUGACUGACGGAGACCGGACCGGACUAAGCGGGCUUAAUGACGAGCAAUGGCAGGCUCUUGCAAGCAUGCUUAAUGCUUACAAAACCAGGACUAAUGAAAUACUCUCUAGUAAGAAUUACUCCAUUGAAUGGAUUAUUGACUCUGGGGCGUCACAUCACAUGACAGGGAAUUUAAAUGUGCUUGUCAACACCUAUGAUGUUGCACCUUGUCCUAUUAGGUUACCCAACGGUGCGCACACCGAGGCCGUGAAAGAAGGCAUUGUUGAACUUGGAAAGAAUUUUAAAUUGCUGCACAUAUUAUAUAUCCCAAAACUCAAUUGUAAUUUAUUGUCAGUAGGUUGGUUACUUCGUGACAUAGAUUGUAUUGUGACGUUUACUAAUAAGUUGUGUGUAAUACAAGACCACAUCUCGAGGACUUUGAUUGGUGAGGGUGAACAGCUUGAUGGGGUCUAUGUCUUCAAGGGUGUGGCACCGAUUCGUGCUUACAAGACAGAUGGAAUUGGGUCAUGCGAUUUGUGGCAUCGGAGAUUGGGACAACCUUCUUAUCAAACGGUUAGCUUACUUCUUAAUAUCAGUAAUAGUAAGAACAAAAUGUGUGAUGUUUGUUUGAAGGCAAAGCAAACUAGAGAUGUUUUUAUUCAAAGCAGCAAUAAAGUGACUGAUUGUUUUGCAUUGAUUCAUUGUGACUUAUGGGGUGCUUAUAGAGUACCUGCAUCUUGUGGUGCUGCAUAUUUUUUUACAAUUGUUGAAGAUUAUUCUCGAGUGGUUUGGAUUUAUUUGCUAGCUGAAAAAAUUGAAGUUGGUCGAACACUCAAAAAUUUAUGCACAAUGAUUGAACGACAAUUUAAUAAGAAGGUUAAGGUGGUGAGAAGUGAUAAUGGAACAAAGUUUAAAUCCUUGAAAUCAUAUUUUGACAAGCAAGGAAUUUUGUUUCAAACUUCCUGUGUUGGAACACCAAAACAAAAUGAUCAGUUUUUGGUUGCUUAUGUUUCUCGCAUAUUCGGGACCGUGACAAAUUUGCCGCUAGGAGUAGGAAAUGUGUCUUUGUUGGGUACCCUUUUGGGAAAAAAGGGGUGGAAAUUAUACGAUUUUGAGUAUGGUGAUUACUUCAUCUCACGAGACAUGGUGUUUAGUGAGGCCGAAUUUCCCUUUGCCACUUUGGAACAUCAACCCUCAGUAACCAAUCCUCCCUCUGAGUCACCUCAUAUAGAAGUCAGGGGGAGCGACACGAUCGAUGAAGGACAUCAGAACACGGGUAACGAUGAGGAGGCAGGUCCUCCUGAUAAGACAAGGAGCCAUACAGAUUGUAGGAAUAAUGAAACUCCAGCAGCUCCUCAGCCCACCACGGAGUUAUUAGGCCACGGACAUCGAGAAAAGCGGACCCCCAACUAUUUACAGGACUUUGUCACACAUUCUGCUCAUUGUUUAGACCCCUCCGUUGUUUCUCCUGCAUCAUCUCAAUCCUCAGGUAUUCCUUAUCCCAUAACUCAUUAUGUGACGUAUGACAAUUUUUCUGUAAAACACAGGCAUUUCUUGGCAUCUAUUACUGCAGGCCGAGAACCUACUCGUUUCUUUGAGGCAAUGACUGAUGCUCGGUGGCGCGAGGCUAUGCGCCAAGAGAUACAGGCCUUGGAAGACAAUGGGACAUGGACCUUGGAAGACCUCCCACCUGGAAAAAAGGCAAUCGAAUGUAAAUGGGUCUAUAAAAUCAAGUACAACUCUGAUGGAUCUGUUGAAAAAUUUAAAGCACGGUUGGUAGUCUUGGGCAACACUCAAGUUGAAGGUCUUGAUUAUAACGAGACCUUUACCCCUGUGGAUAAAAUGGUCACAGUUCGAACUUUCUUAGCAGUUGCUGCGGCCCAACAUUGGGAAUUGCAUCAGAUGGAUGUCAACAAUGUUUUCCUGCACGGUGAUUUCCAUGAGGAGGUCUAUAUGAAACCUCCUUCAGGUUUUUCAACCUAUGGGACUGGAAAGUGUCCUCGUAUUGAUCAUUGGGAUGCGGCAUUAUGCGUGGUUCGUUAUCUGAAAGGACGUCCUGGUCAAGGAAUAUUUUUGCGCUCUGAUAGUGAUCUGCAAUUGUGUGCCUAUUGUGAUUCCGACUGGGACAUUCCCCCAUCUCCUAGAAGACUAAGAAACAACAUACUAUCUCCCGUUCCUCUGUCGAGGCUGAAUAACCGGUCAAUGGCUACUGCCAGUUGUGAGUUGAAGUGGCUAAAAGGUCUGCUAUUGUCUUUGGGUAUAUCUCAUCCUCAACCUAUACGCUUAUUUUGUGACAAUCAAGCUGCUCUGCACAUUGCCGCAAACCCUAUUUUCCAUGAGCGAACCAAGCAUAUUGAAGUUGAUUGUCAUUUCAUUCACAAUGAGCUCCAAGCUAGCACUAUUGCACCUGCCUAUGUACGUACCGGUGAACAACUUGCCGAUAUUUUCACCAAGGCUCUCGGACAAAAACAAUUUGAUUUUUUCCUUCCCAAGUUGGGCAUUUGCAAUCCUCAUGCACCACCUUGA